AUGGCGGAACUUUUUCUUGACUUACAUCGUUUAGUAAAUGUAUCAAAAUCACUGAAUGUAAAGCAAAAGCUAUUGGAAGAAUUUACCUUAUCCUCCUUGUCAUCAAGCAAGAAAAAGGUAGAAGAGACUUGGAUAGCUCACAGAAGGGAUCGUAAAGAACUGACGGAGAAUUUUGAAGCUACUGUUUCUAAUAUAAUGAAUUCUUGGAAAGAAGAAAUACAAGAUAGUAAAAGAUUUGAAGAUAAAGUACAUGCCCUUCUUCAACAGCAUCAAGAAUUGCUUAUGGAAGUCAGAAAUUUGCAUGCUAAAUAUUUGACACAUUUGCAUGAAUCGUGCAAAAUGUAUGUUGAUUCUAUCAGCAGUAUUGACGAACGCUAUGAAAAGCGACUUGCUAGCGCUCACUGUGCAAUUAAGAAAGAAGCUCAGGGAUUGAAGAAGAAAACUUUGCAAAGGAUGCGGCAACAAGAAAUUGCUGAAGUUAGGAAUACACUUCUUUUGAAGGAUGUAUUGUAUGAUGUCUAG